UAAAUACGUUGCACACAUGUGUGUUUGUUUUUCUCUCUCUAUAUAUACACACGCAUGUUAUGUAUACAUAUAUAGAGAGAGAAAGAGAAACACAUACAUGAGAACCUUCUAGUGAGAGAAAGAGGAGAUAGAGAGAGUGGGAGGAGCACUGGUAUAAAUUAAGUGCUCGUCCGACGUCGAAAGCACAAGAAUUUGCGAGUGUCUUUUUCACUUUAUCAUUACUCUCAUGUGCUUCUACUUGAUUCUGCUAAUGGGGAUGGCCAUACAGUAAAGGGGUGCACGAGUUUUCACAGGGCAACCAAAUCAUCAUGUGAUAUGCUGUUCAUGAAAUACCUUGUUUCACAUAUUCAGAAACCAAAACUAAUGUAAUUAUUAAAAAUGUACAGAGGGUGACAUCUCCUUAAAUUACACCCUCAUCAAUGGCCCCAGGUGGAUUGCCUUACUUUGACCCUGAGUAUGAGAGCUUAAGCAUCCGAAUAAACCCUCCAAGGGUUUCUGUAGAUAACCAUAGCUGUGGUGAAUGUACUUUAGUCAAGGUUGACAGUGUAAACAAACCAGGAAUACUACUGGAAGUGGUCCAAAUAUUAGCAGACCUGGAUCUCAUUAUUACUAAAGCUUACAUCUCCUCUGAUGGUGGAUGGUUCAUGGAUGUGUUUCAUGUCACUGACCAACAAGGAAACAAAAUAACAGACAAAAUGACGAUUGAUUACAUAGAAAAGGCUCUUGGUCCAAAAGGGCACACGUCAGACGAAAGCAAGACAUGGCCCGCAAAGAGAGUCGGGGUCCACUCAAUGGGAGACUACACAGCCAUUGAGCUUGUUGGUAGGGACCGCCCGGGUCUGUUAUCCGAAAUCUCAGCCGUAAUUGCAAACCUUAAAUUUAAUGUAGCAGCUGCUGAGGUAUGGACCCACAACACAAAAAUAGCAUGUGUUGUUUAUUUAAACGAUGAUACGACUGCUGGAGGUGUAGACGAUCCAACUCGAUUGUCUGCCAUGGAAGAACAGCUCAAGAACAUACUUCGUGUCUGUGGAGAUGAUGAUAAAGUAGCUCAUACUAAUUUCUCAAUGGGUUUGACUCAUAUUGACCGAAGGUUACACCAGAUGUUGUUUGCUGAAAUGGAUUAUGAAGGGAAAGGGUUGAGAGAUGAGGCUGAUUGUGCUGCGUUUUUGGAGUUGAAGAUUUCGGUUGAUCGGUGUCUGGAGAAGGGAUACUCCGUGGUGACUGUACGCUGUAGGGAUCGGCCUAAACUUAUGUUUGAUAUCGUCUGUACCCUUACAGACAUGAAAUAUGUUGUGUUUCAUGCCACAAUCUCAUCAGAUACCCCCUAUGCAACACAGGAGUACUAUAUUCGUCAUGCGGAUGGCACCCCUGUCAACACUGAAGGAGAAGAGGAAAGGGUUGUUAGGUGUAUCAAGGCUGCAAUUCUGCGUAGAGUAAGCGAGGGUCUUAGCCUAGAGCUGUGUGGAAAAGACCGCAUAGGAUUGCUUUCGGAAGUGACACGUGUCCUUCGGGAGAACGGGCUUUCAGUGUCGAGAGCGGGUGUGACAACUGUUGGGGAGCAAGCAGUGAACAUUUUUUAUGUAAGAGAUGCAUCUGGUUCUGGGAAUCCAGUAGACAUGAAAACCAUUGAAAGGUUGAGAAAAGAAGUUGGCCAAACAAUGAUGCUUAAUGUCAAAAAACCCCCUUCAACUUUAACUUCAACUUCAAAACGACCACAACCAACAAAUAAAACAAGCUUCUCAUUUGGGAGCUUGUUGGAACGCUUCUUGCCUUGAUGCUUCAAACUGUAAGUGAAAUUUGUGUUUGAUAUUUGUAUAGAAUAAUUUUGGCGUACGAUAGCUUGUUUGAGAAGGCCAUGUUCACUUUUUUUUUUUUUUCUUUUUUCGUGAAUAUUGUGUCUUGUUUUGUUUUAUGUUUGUAAAAUUAAGAUGUAUGUUUAUGUUUAAAAACUAAUAAGUCUCUCCUCUUAUUGGUAAGUAAAUAAGAGACCAGAGCAUUGGAGUGCAAUUUGACUUGUUUGGUC